UUAAAACGAAUCGUCACAAUCAUGAUUGCAAAUUGUGAUAGCGAAAGCUUCAGUGUUGAGGAGGUUGCCAAACAUGAUACUGUAGAAGAUGCUUGGGUUACAUUGGAUGGAAAUGUAUUUGAUGUCUCCCAGUUCAUAUAUGAUCAUCCGGGUGGCUCGGAAAUAGUGGCGCCUCAUCUUGGAAAGGAUAUCUCACAGGUGUUUCUAGAUGAUACGGAGCACGAACACUCAGAGACUGCAUACAAUAUGUUGCAGAGAUACAAGAUUGGUACAUUGCGCGGUUAUCGCAAGUCGGCUCCAUCCGUCUCUGAACUGAUCCGUUCCAAAGUCAAGUUGAGCCAACUGAACAACCUAAACACCGUUAGCAAGGACCAGUCUCUGGAAGGACUGGUCGACGUUACAAAGGCCAUCCUACCACAGCUCAAGAAUCUACCAGGUUCGACCUACCUGAGGUGGAUCCACUCACAGACUGGUCUCAAGGAGAUCAUCAUCUUUGAUAGUCCUUUCCUAGAGUUGUUCACAAGGUGGCCAUGGUGGUACAUCUUCCCAUUGUGGAUACCAAUUAUCACACUUACAUUCUAUACAUCAAUCACACAACCCAAUAGCUCAGUAUUGUUCUCAGCAAUUGUGUUCACAUUUGGACUAUUCUCAUGGUCAUUCUUUGAAUAUAUAUUACAUCGAUUCAUCUUUCACAUUGAAACAAGCUCAUACAUGGGCAACUUCCUACAUUUCUUUAUCCAUGGUAUUCAUCAUCUCACGCCAUAUGAUGCCACCAGACUCACAUUCCCUCCAAUGUUCUCUGCAGUAAUUGCAUUUGGAUUUUGGAAAUUGUUCCUUGGAUUCCCUGAUUGGUUACAGGCAACUGGAUUCAAUUGGGCACUGUAUGGAGGUAUUGCCUUUGGUUACAUGCUCUAUGAUACAUUGCACUACUACUUCCAUCAUGGAGACAUCUCUUGGUUGCCCGAGAAGUUGAAGGAGUUCAAGUCCAACCAUCUCAAUCAUCACUACAAGGAUGACACCAAGAACUUUGGAAUCACAUCGACUAUAUUCGACAUAAUGUUUGGAACU